CCAAGCAAGCCUUGAGGUGACAUGGGAUGGAGCACCUUCAGAGAAAGACUGACAAAAGCCACACUUAGGUACAAGAUUAGGCUUGAGAGAAUGGAUGAUGCAAGAAUAGCAAGGAAGGUGUACCUGUGGAAUGAAAGUGGAAGCAAAUGGAGGAAGAGAUGCAUGAGAAUGACAGACAGGAAUGGAUUGCAAGUUGUGUGGGCGAUAAGAAUGGCUGGUAGGAAUCAAAAUGAGCGUGAAUGGGUGGUAACAAGAGGAGGCAGAGUGGGAGCCGAAUGGGAUGUGAGAAAAUGGAAGAAUGAGAUAGACAAAGAAGUGAAAUGUGUGGGAUUGAAUGAAUGGAAGAAUGAGAUAGGAAUGAAAGAGUGGAGAAGACAGGAAAAGAGUGGAUGGUGUUGUUGCUGGGACUGUGUAGAGAGGCGAAUGAAAGGAUGAUUGAGGCGGUGAAACAGUUUCUGGAGAGAAUGUGGCGUGCCAGGUGUAUGAACAAUUAGGAUAGAGGAUGCUGUUCGUUUCUCUUUUUUUUUUCCCCUUCUACAGGAGUUGCCGAUCCAAAGGCCUGGCUCAGGAGUGAUCCUGUGCCACCUGUACCAUCAAGGUCAAGAUCAGUUCCCCCGUGUUUACUUCUACCGCACUGCCUAGAAGUCUUGGUUUUUUUCGCAAGUUUCCCAAGUAAUUCCCCACCCCGGAGGCCGCCCCCAGUACACCUGUUCCCUGCAUCCAUGCUGUGGACCUCUGGGUAUGGACGCUGUGGGCAGCUUGGUCACGGCACGACAGAUAACUGCCCCAUUCCUUGCACUGUGCUUGACCUGUGUGGCUCAAAGGUCGGCCAGGUCGCCUGCGGGAGAGGUCAUACCCUGGUCUACAUCCCCUCGCAGAGCCACGUGUAUGCAUUUGGCCAGGGGCUCUCAGGGCAGCUGGGCACCAAGACUCCACACAGCAGGGAAUUACCUCAAGUGGUAGUGUGCCCAUGGCUGUCCCCAGGGGGUGCCAGCCUGCUAGACUACGCAGAGGAGGACAGCCCCAGUGUGUGUUUGAGGCAGAGAGACCGGCGUGCCCUUGUGUCUUCCCUGCGGCUGUUGUCCCUGGUCCACGGUCUGAACUUCCAAGCCGGCUGCUGAGUGGGGUGGUUGAACUACGACGACUUUUACAUCCCAGAAAUUGCAGAGAAAAUUGAUAUUAGGAAUGAUUACUUGAACUGGAUGAACAGCAGGCUUCACCCGAUGUCCAGGAGGGAGAGUCCAAUCCUGUUCUGUGAGUAUCCAUUCUUGUUCGACCCUCAGGCCAAGACGCUUCUGCUCAGGUGUGACGCCACUCGGCAGGGCGAAUGUUUCCCAGACCACCCAGUCAUACGCACGUUCUGGGAAGUAUUUCACGAACUCCCUGGAGCAGAAGAAGUUGUUUUUGAAGUUCCUGACGGGCACUGACAGGGUUCCUAUUCUGGGCAUGAAGGUAGGUGAGAGAGAGAGAGAGAGAGAGAGAGAGAGAGAGAGAGCGGAGGAGUGACUGUGUGUGUGUGUGUGUGUGUGUGUGUGAGAGAGAGACGGGACUGUGAGAAUUUAUCAUUAAUCUUGCAUGUUGUGUCAAUUUCUAGGCUUCUGUGUGUGUGUGUGUGUGUGUGUGUGUGUGUGUGUGUGUGUGUGUGUGUGUGUGUGUGUGUGUGUGUGUGUGUGUGUGUGUGAGAGAGAGAGUUUUAAAAGUGAGAGGCUGUGGGGGGUUUGUCAACAUACUGUGGGGCUGUGAGCUGUGGAGCUGUGUGAGAGAGAGAGAGAGAGAGAGAGAGAGAGAGAGAGAGAGAGAGAGAGAGAGAGUUGCAAGGACAGAACCUUAGAAUGUACCCAUUAAAUGUUAGCUACUACUACUACUACUACUACUACCUCCACCACCACUAUAUACCAUGACUACUACUAUUAUUACCACUGCCACCACCACCACCACUACUACUACUACUACUACUACUAAUACUCUGAACAAGGAGGAGGAAGUGCCUGUUAAGAAAAUAGAAUAUAUAGAAAUUAAUAGAAAAUAUAUGUAAUAGUUUACAGAAUUAUUAUUAUUAUUAUUAUUAAUAUUAUUAUUAUUAUUAUUAUUAUUAAUUUCAGUAUAUUUUUUAGUCUUGUUACAAAAAAAAUGAGUGAAAUAAAGAAAAUGAAAAAGGUAA